GUGUGCGAACUGUCGUGAAAGCACAUUGACGCAGAAAGAAAUAAGCAGUGUCAUUAUUUGUCCUCCAGUUUGGAAAUAUUAUUAUCAUACAAAAUACGUAUUUCAUUAUUUAUUCUAGGAUAAAAACGUCUCGGUGCGCGAGAAGCACUUUGCUGCUUCUCGUGCUCGUUUAUUGUUAGUUAGCAUAGCUCGCUAGUUAGCUUAGCUUGUUAGCUGCUAACAGAAGUUAUCAACACAUCGCUAAGUAGAGAUCAAGUGUGAGAGUAAAGUGUUGGGAUUGUGUGAAAAUGUGUAAAUUACAAAUGUUGAGAGCGUUGGUGGAUCAGCGACUAACUGCUGCCGUUGAAGAAAUAUUUGUAGUGUUCGAAAGAACGAUAGCAGAAUACGAGGCGGAACUUUCUAGAACAAAAGAGGAGAAUAAUCGACUACUGGACGCUGUUUUCAAGAAACAUCAAGUUGUGUUACACGGAACAGACCUCGAUGAAGAACAUCAUCUCCAUGAGCAGGAGGAGGAACCACAGCCCCUCCACAUUAAAAAGGAAGCGGUGGAGCCCCAGUCUUCCCACAUUAAAGAGGAAGAGGAGGAACACAGCAUCAGUCAGGAGGGAGAUCAUCUUGAAAGACUGGUGGAGUUCCCAGUGACUGGUGUCCCUGUGAAGAGUGAAGAUGAUGAGGUCAAAGGUGAAAGUGAGGAGAAGAGCAGCAGCUCAACACAACACAUGACAACAGAAGCUGAUGGAGACCACUGUGGAGGAUCACAAGCAGACAAGCUCUUAGCUCCACUAUCAGAUAGUGAGGACACAACGUCACACUCUCCUGACACUGAUGAUGAAGACUCUAAAGAUGAUAAGACAAACACUCACUUCAAAUGUUCUCACUGUGACAAAACCUUCAAGUACCAUUGUCAUCUGAAAACACACAUGAGAACACACACUGGAGAGAAACCUUUUUCUUGUUCAAUCUGUGGCUUAUCUUUCACAAGGAAGGACAAUAUGAAAGAGCACACAAGAACACACACCGGAGAAAAACCUUUUUCGUGUUCUGUGUGUGAUUCGAAGUAUGUACGAAGUCAAGAUUUGAAAAAACACCUGAAAAGACACACCGGGGAAAACCUUUUUAAGUGUUCCGUGUGUGAUUCAAGUUUUGUCCGAGGUGAGAAUUUGAAAACCCACAUGAGAACGCACACUGGGGAAAAACCUUUUUCUUGUUCAAUCUGUGGCUUAUCUUUUACAAGGAAGGUCAGUUUGAUGGAUCACACAAGAACACACACUGGAGAAAAACCUUAUUCCUGUUCAUUCUGCGGUAAAUGUUAUCCAAGGAGGUACCAAUUGAAAUCUCACAUGAGAAGACACACCGGAGUGAAACCUUUUUCGUGUUCAGUGUGCGAUUCAAGUUUUGUUCGAAGUCGAGAUUUAAAAAAACACAUGAAAAUUCACGCUGGGGGGGGAAAAUGUUGAGUUGCAGUGUGUGUGAUGAAAGAUUCUUGCAUGAGUACCAACUUAACAAACACAAGUGUGCUGGUGAGAGCAGCAGCAGUAAAAUAGAAAAAGGCUCCGCAGACCUCCACCAGGCCUAAUCUCCCAAUAAAAUCUGUUGAAUCCAGAAAGUGAUUAGGAUCAACGGCAACAUUUAAUGACAUGUUCCUUAUCCCAUUUCUGACAUGUCCUGAAAGUUUCAUUGACAUGCGACCAUACUUCAUUUUGUUAUGUUAUUAACUGACAAUCAAACAAACCCCAAAUCACUUUGUUGCUUAUCAAUUCCUUCAAUAGCAAACAUGUAAAUAUGUUUCUUAGUUACACAUCCUGGAAAAGAACAUCCACACAACAGUUUAUAUUUAUUAUUCAUUCUUACUAAUACUUUUAGUUGUGUACUAACACAUCAAUUUGUACUUCUGCUAAUAUUUAAGAAGUGAUGAUGAUGUCAUGGUUCAGUGUGCCCCUUCACUAGUCUCCAAAACAAGUCUCCACCACGGUGGUGCCAGCGGUCCUACUACUUGUACUUGUACACUAUACAAUAUAAUUAUGCACGCCUUUUGUAAGAUAGACAUUUUUGUUUGUACUAGCAAUUUGAAACCAGCGCUGUAUCCUUUGCAUGUGACCUUGUCAA